AUGGAUUAACUCAAACUCGAACUCAAACCUUGUAACUGCCUGACCGCACAUUCACUGACAAAGUGGGUGGCAUGGUUGUCCGAAAAGACUUGCCCUCCCCCUAAACCUAUUGAAAGCUGGCAGAGCAAACGGUUUCGGAAUUUUCUUUUUGUUUCCGCCUGCAUCCCUUGGAAAAGACACGGACACUUUCCCCAUUCCUCGGCAGCUUCACAAUGGAAAAUACAAUUUUCACAAUCUUUGCUUAUCUUUUCAUCUCUCUGUGGCUGCCUCGUUCGCUGCAUGAUUCGUUGUUGCUGUUGUUGGCCAACCAGAAAAUCGGUAAAAAGCUAA